AUGUCAGAAUUCUUAGGAUCUCGCAUCUCCCUCAUCUCCAAAAGCGACAUUCGAUAUGUCGGCGUUCUUCACGAGAUCAACUCGGACGAGUCCACCGUCUCGCUCGAAAAUGUCCGCUCUUUCGGCACUGAGGGUCGGAGGAGUAGACCCGAAGAAGAGAUAGCACCUUCCGAUCAGGUCUACGACUACAUCAUCUUCCGCGGCAGCGAUGUCAAGGACCUGAGGAUCGAGGACCACCCGGCUAUCAAGGAGAACAAGCCUCCUGCUAUGCCCGAGGACCCGGCUAUUGUCAACGCUCGCCCUCGUCCUGGACAAGGAUCCAACCAACCGCCGCCGGCACCCGGCUUCGGUCAGCCUCCUUUCCAAAACAACUUCUAUCCGCCUCCUGGGCCAUGGGGACCUGCCCCUGGGCGCGGCGGCCCCGGUGUGCCUGGUGCUGGAAUGGGCGGCAUGCCUUACCCCCCUCCUCCAGGCUGGUUUCCUCCCGGCCCUCCCGGCCAAGGUUUCCCUCCUGGACCUGAUGGGUGGAACAACUACAACUACCCUCCUGGACCCCCCGGCCCUCGUGGUCCCCCUGGCCCUCAAGGCCCCGGAGGUGCGCCCGGCCAGGUCCCCGAGAACCGCGGCACGCCCGGCGCCCAGGAGGCGAAGCCCACCCCAAUCGGUGCUGCUGGUGACAAGCAGAAGCCCGCUACACCGGCGGCACAGGGAGCCCCGAGUGAGCCCAAGGCGGCUCCUCAGCCCGGCCUCCAGCAGGCUCCUGCACCCACCCCGCCAGUUGAGUCGAAGCCUUCGGUUGCUGAGGUCAAGGCAACGGCUGCUUCUUUGAACGCAGCUGGCCCUUCCAAGCCUGUUGAGUUGCCUGUGCCGACGGGACCUAAGAACCCUGCGCGUGUUCAGCCUGCCAUUCCUCUGGCUGCGUCCAUGCCCAAGGCCUUCCCUGUUCCUAUUAACGAGAACACCGCUGCUCAGUCUGCGCCCAAGGCCGCUGCCGCACCAACGGCUGCGACUGUGAGAGAUGCCACCGAGGCCGCAAAGGCCGCCGUUGCCCUCGCGAUGGCCAACAUGAACGCUGGCGCCGCUGCUGUCUCUGCUCCGCCCCCUCAGGGCAACGGCAACGCUAUGGACAACCUUACUAAGAAGGUCAACGAAAUGAGAGUCAAUGCUGCUCGGACUACGCCCGGAGGUGGACGUGGACGUGGCCGUGGCGGACGACAGGGACAGGGCCAGGCCAAGGUUGACGUCCCCGAUGCGGAUUUCGACUUUGCUCAAGCCAACGCCAAGUUUAACAAGGACGACUUGGUCAAGGAAGCCAUCGCUGGCUCUCCUCUGGGCGAGACCCCAACCAACGGAGCUGCGCCCGAGGCGCCCGCUGUCGAGACGACCGGUGCUAACCCACCGAUUGCAUACAACAAGACACGGUCAUUCUUCGACAACAUUUCUAGCGAAGCCAAAGACCGCGCCGAGAACAACGGCCAGAAGCCUGGUGGUCGUGAAUGGCGCGGCGAGGAGCAACGCAAGAAUAUGGAAACCUUCGGCCAGGGCAGCGUUGACGGUGGAUACCGAGGCUACCGUGGCAGAGGUCGCGGCCGAGGCCGUGGCUAUGCUGGUCGUGGCACAAGAGGUGGAUUCCGUGGCCGUGGCGGCCAAGGUGCCACCCCUCCGGCUGCGAACUAG